AUGAGUGAGAGAGACAUCACAACAUUGAAUCGCCAACUAGAGAUCGCGGUGUGGAGGAAGUCACGUGAUGAGGUUGAACGUCUGUUGGAUCUUGGAGCUGAAGUUAAUGCGUGUAAUGAUCUAAUAUUUGGAGAUACUGUACUGAUGAAAGCUUGUAGGAAUGGCUCCAAGUCAUUAGUUGAGCUUUUGUUGUCUAGAGAGGCAGAUGUGAACAGAACUGAUGUUGGGGGUAACACUGCUCUAAUGUUGGCAGCAAGGCGGGGUUAUGAUGAAAUCAUCGAAAUUCUAUUAACAGAAAAAGCAAAUGUGAAACAGAAGAAUGAGAUUGGUUGGACUGCAUGUGUUUGGGCUAUGAUGAAUGGUCAGAUGUCAACUGCUGGUCGGUUGGUGUUUGCAAGUGAAAGAGUUGAAGAUCUUACAGUUAAGACUCGUCCUCCCGUUUUCCAUUGGGCAUGUAAGAACAAGAGAGUUGAUGUUGCAAGAAAUAUUGUGGAACAUCACGGAACAGAAUGGAAGGACAAAGAUGGUCGUGACGCAUUGAAUAUUGUGGCUGUUUAUGACAACGUGGACAUUGCUGACAUCAUCCUGAAGAGAAGACUGCGAGAUGGCAAUGAUGUGGAAACGAGUGUUUCUAUGUCAAUGGAAGAUGUUGCAGUGGAGACUCGAUGUGUCGUGUUACACUGGGCACACAAGAACAGUAGAGUGGAUGUGAUAAGAAAGAUUGUGGGACAGGGAACAGAAGUGAAGGACAGAUUGGGACGAACUUUACUUCACUAUGCUGCUGAUCAUGGCAACUGUGAUGUGGUUGAUGUUCUCUUGAGCAAGAAGGCAGAUGUUAAUGCUUCAGACAAGUGUGGCAAUAAGCCUUUUGAUUUGGCUUUGAGAAAAGGUCACCUGUCAACUGCUGUUCGGUUGGUGUUUGCAAGUGAAAGAGUUGAAGAUCUUACAGUUAAGACUCGUCCUCUCGUGUUCCAUUGGGCAUGUAAGAACAAGAGAGUUGAUGUUGCAAGAAAUAUAGUGGAACAUCACGGAACAGAAUGGAAGGACAAAGAUGGUCGUGAUGCAUUGGAUAUUGUGGCUGUUUAUGACAACGUGGACAUUGCUGACAUCAUCCUGAAGAGAAGACUGCCAGACGGCAAUGAUGUGGAAACGAGUGUUUCUAUGUCAAUGGAAGAUGUUGCAGUGGAGACUCGAUGUGUCGUGUUACACUGGGCACACAAGAACAGUAGAGUGGAUGUGAUAAGAAAGAUUGUGGAGCAGGGAACAGAAGUGAAGGACAGAUUGGGACGAACUUUACUUCACUAUGCUGCUGAUCAUGGCAACUGUAAUGUGGUUGAUGUUCUCUUGAGCAAGAAGGCAGAUGCUGAUGCUUCAGACAAUGAUGGCAAUAAGCCUUUUGACUUUGCUCUAAGGAAUGGUCACAUGUUAGCAGCUGGUCAGUUAAUGUUGGCAAUACAGUUGGUUGAAGAUGUUGCAUUAGAGAAUGUGUGGAAGCUGCUGCUGUGGGCAUGUAGGAAUGAAGUGGAUGUUGCAACAAAGAUUGCAGAGAAGUUUUGUCAAUCAGUUGAGAAGGAGUCUGGUAACACUUUACUUCACUUUGCUGCUCAACUUGAUCAUCAUGAGGCAGUCGAGUGUCUGUUGGAGAAGAAGGCUGAUGCAGAUGCUAAAGAUAAGGAUGGCAAGAAGCCUUUUGAUUUGGCUGUGAGAAAAGGUCACAUGUCAACAGCUAAUCGGUUGUUUUCAAUAAUGCAGUCAGUUGAAGAUGUUGCAUUAGAGAAUGUGUGGAAGCUGCUGCAGUGGGCUUGUAGGAAUGAAGUGGAUGUUGCAACAAAGAUUGCAGAGAAGUUUUGUCAAUCAGUGGAGAAGGAGUCUGGUCGCACUUUACUUCACUUUUCUGCUCAACUUGAUCAUCGUGAGGCAGUCGAGUGUCUGUUGGAGAAGAAGGCUGAUGCAGAUGCUAAAGAUAAGGUAAACAACAUUACAAACAUUUGA